AUGUCCAAGUCAGGGCGGUACACCCUUUCACCCACGCAUCAUAAUAACACGGAAUUGAUGAUGGACACCAUAUGGCUUUUGGGUCUUUUUGCGGUCGGGCUGAGUGGCCUGUUCAUAGUAUGGGCUGAACCCCUCCUGCGCAGGCUAUACUUCCGAAGUCGCAGGACAUCAACAAGCGCGACGCCGCCUCGUUCGUUAUCUCCAGAAAAGAGCCCCUGUGGGUAUACAGAUACCUUACCACCUCCGCGUCGUCAAGCUCUUGCUUCACUGAAGGACGAAGCGUCAUGCAGGGACAUUCCGGCAAGCCACAUUUGCGAGAACAUCCUACCAAUGACGGCAGAUUACAGGACUGCCCAGGAUGGGACUUACACUCCGACGGGGUUCUCAGUCGCGGAAAUAAAAGAUCUAGGUGACUUCCCAGACUAUGCAGCGCUCAGUGGAGUCCCACUGCCUCGGGCUUAUCAUGAAUUCGACAUCGACAAAGCAUUGCCGAGGCCGUAUCGGCCCUUCAGAUGGUCCUAUCACCAGACAAUGUCCCUUACGAAACUAGAGACAGACUGGUGGAUCGAGCUCGAGAAUAACUACAAGGAGCGGAUCGCACAGCGCAAGGAACUCUAUGCGAAGUACGGAAGCGCAGUGCUUGCUUAUCUCCCGGGCUCCCAGCUGGCUUGCAAGGAGCUCAUGGAAAUGGUCAUCCAGUUCCUGUGCGCUCGCUAUCCUCAAUAUUUCUCCUUGGCGGAUAGAUACAUCCUCCACAAUCGGAUCUUGGGAACGGCGGAGGACGUCCGAUCGAAACACCCCCUCGAGAUUCUCAUGGACAAUGUGCCGGAGGAUUUCGCAAUUAUGAUGCGCGACGACAAGACGGGGUGCUAUUUUUUACGCGCGGGGGUGAUCUGCUCAGCGUUGGGAUGGAACGUUGGCACAAAGAUAGGGCUUCAGCUUCAUGAAAUCCACGAGCCAAUCCCGGAUUACAAAGAGAAGAUGCAAUUCUCCAUGGAUCGGUACGUUUCUUCCUCGGAAUACCCGUACAGCACGUCUUACAGACGCAUAUAG